AUGUCGAUUGCGCAGAAGCAAGAAUGGGAGCGAGACGUCCUGCCGGGGCUUCAACAAUUAGUGUGUAUAUCAUUUUCAAGCAUUCUGGCAAGAACUGAAAAGAUUGCAAAUCUUCUAAAGAAAGCACUAGUUGGGGACAGUGCGGUGAGGCCCUUCCAGGGCACUGCAGCAGCCUAUGCACCAGUGGCACAUUAUCGGACUGUUAAAGGUGUAGACUCCAGUGAAGAGAGUUUUUCUGAUUCAGAUGAUGAUACCUCUCUUUGGAAACGCAAGCGACAGAAGUGUUUCAACCCCCCUCCCAAACUAGAGCCUUUUGCAUUCGGCCAGGGCAGCCAGAAGCCGCCUUUUGCUGGAGGGAAGAAGGUUAACAACAUCUGGGGUGCUGUGCUGCAGGAGCAGAAUCAAGAUUCCGUGGCCAACGAACUUGGUAUCUUGGAAAUGGAAGGCACUAUUGACAAAAGCAGACAGUGCGAGGCCUACAAUUAUUUGCUUGCUAAGAAACUUAAGAGGGAGUCUCAAGAACAGACAACAGAAUUAGACAAAGAGCUAGAUGAAUAUAUGCAAGAUGGCAAGAAAACAGGCUCAAAGGAAGAGGAAAACGGGCAAGGUCAUCUCAAACGGAAACGACCUGUCAAAGACCGACUAGGGGACAGACUGGAAAUGAACUAUAAAGGCCGGUAUGAGAUCACAGAGGAGGAUUCUCAGGAGAGAGUGGCUGAUGAAAUUACUUUCAGGUUGCAGGAACCAAAGAAAGAUCUGAUAGCCCGAGUAGUGAGUAUUAUUGGGAACAAAAAGGCAAUUGAACUUCUGAUGGAAACUGCUGAAGUAGAACAGAAUGGUGGCCUUUUCAUAAUGAAUGGUAGUCGAAGAAGAACACCAGGUGGAGUUUUCCUGAAUCUCCUGAAAAACACUCCUAGUAUCAGUGAGGAACAAAUUAAGGACAUUUUCUACAUUGAAAAUCAAAAGGAAUAUGAAAAUAAAAAAGCUGCUAGGAAGAGGAGAACACAACUGCUGGGGAAAAAGAUGAAGCAAGCUAUUAAAAGUCUGAAUUUUCAAGAAGAUGAUGAUACAUCACGAGAAACUUUUGCAAGUGACACGAAUGAGGCCUUGGCCUCUCUCGAUGAAUCACAGGAGGGACAUGGAGAAACUAAGCUGGAUGUAGAGGAAGAUAUUGAGGUUGAUCAUUCUCAUGAUUUAGACAUUUUUUAGUACAUUUGAGAAAUAAACCUUCCUAAAAUAAUAUUGUAAUAAACCAUUUCUACUGAAUUGCUUUGUUUUACUUUGCACUGAUUAACAUGAAUAUCUGGAGAAAAAGAUCUGUUUUUUUGUUUUAAAUGAUAUUGAAUAUGGGCGGAGAUGAAUGAGAUCAGUAAAAACUUUUGCAUUUUCUCGUGUCUGACAACAUACUUAAAGUAUAUAGCUGAGAAUUUAAUUUCUCGAUCUGUUGCAUGUGCUAUGACUAGUUGAGAAUCAGUUUUGUCCAGGUCAUUAUAACAUGCCAUUCAAAAGUUUGUUUUCUUUUUCAUAUUUAUCUUUGCAGUGAAUUAUGACUGGUUUCAAUACAUUCCACUAAAAGAUCCUACUAAGACAUAAAUUGUUAAACUAUUUAUUACAAAUGCAUCCAAAUUUAGUAUGUCUGUGUUUGAAGAACUCUUAGGCUAUUUUAAGGAUAGUGAUUAAAAUUCAAUUAUGUUUAUUCUGAUGGGCCUUCCCACUUGUUUGUCCAGAAGUAAAUAAAUAGCAGAAGCUUUUCAAAAAUGUAUUGAUUCAUAACUUAACUUUGGUUUGUUUGUCUUUUUUAUUUUAUUUUUUUUGACUUAUUAAUUAACUUGGUCAUACACUAAAUACUGAAUGUGAUCCAUACCUGUGUAUCUAAUUACUAUGGAUAUUUAAAAUGUUUUCAGUGGUGGCCUGCCUGUUUUACCUUAUGUUAAGGAAGUAUUAAAAAUAUCACAUCUGCA